GGCGCCGUUUAGGGCCGAAGAAGAAGCAGAAGAAGAAGAAGCAGAAGCUACCAUGAUAGCAGCUUGUUAGCAUCGUUGUGUUCUGCCGGUUUCAUCUGUAAUUCCAUGGAGAAGAAGAGCCGCUCUUAGUUUCUGAGGCUGGGUGAGAAGAUGUAGCCAAUCAGGUGGGAGAUCUCUGCAGCACCAGAAGCCUUCAGUUUCCAGAUCUUCAUCCUGGAGCUCCUUCCCCUCUGACCCGGAGUUCUCUGUCCGUCCGUCAGCCAUGUUGUUUUCUCUGAGGGAGCUGGUCCAGUGGCUGGGCUUCGCUACCUUCGAACUCUUCCUCCACCUGCUGGCGCUGCUGCUCUUCAGCAUGCUGGUGGCUCUGCGGGUGGACCUGCUGAGCGACCGGCUCAGCUGGUGGCUGGUGUUCGUGCCGCUGUUCGCCGCCGACGGCCUCAGCACCUACUUCACGGCCAUCGUGUCGAUCCGGCUGUACCAGGAGAACGAGAAGCGGCUGGCGGUGCUGCGGCUGCUCUGGGUGCUGACGGUGCUGAGCCUGAAGCUGGUCUGCGAGGUUCUGCUGUGCCAGAAGCUGGCCGAGCAGGACCGGGCCCGAGACCUGUGGUUCGGCCUCAUCGUGUCGCCGCUCUUCAUCCUGUUGCAGCUGCUGAUGAUCCGGGCCUGCCGGGUCAACUGAGGGCAGAGCGGCGCCGCGAGAGAUUAACUGCCGACGGAGGGAAGAAGGAAAGAGAAGGAAGAUGUUUCAGAGAAAAACAAAAAAUCAGAUAUUCUGAGAUUAAUCUGAGUUUGAAAAGUUGAAAAUUCCAGAGAAAAGAAUUCAAAUUCUGAGAUUCUCUGAAAUUUUCAGAAAAAAAAGAACUCUGACAUUUCUGAGUUUGAGAAGUUGAAAAUUUCCAAGAAAAAUUCAAUUUCAAACAUUUUAUACAAUGAAUCUGAAAAUUUUCGUGAAAAAACUCAGAAAUUGAGAUUAAUCUAGAAAGAAAUAUCAGAAAAUCUACAAUUCUCAAAAAAAUUGUACAAAAAAUUUCCAGAAAUUUCUGAUUUAGUUAAGUAAAAAAAUUUAAAUAAAAAUUUAAUUAUUCAGAAAUUUCAAGAAAAAAACCCAAAAAUCUCAGUUUGAACAUUUGAGAAAGAACUCAGAAAUUGAGAUUAAUCUAAAAAAAAAAAUUAAGAAAAAUAACAAAAAUAUCAGAUUAAUCAGAGAAAUGUUCUACAAAGUGAGUUUUUCUCUGAAGUUUUCUGCUCUUUAUCUCUUUUUUUUUUUGCGAUGGCUCCACUGCGCCGGCGUAGAGAUUCAUGGAUAUAAUUGAUGUUUUAUUUUUUGACAUUUUGUGAAGGAGUUCUUCAUGUUUGGGGUCAGAGAAGAAGAAAACGAUCAAUCAGGUUGUUGUUUGUGUUCGAGGACAGAUACUCCAACUCAACUCUGUGCAAAAGUCUUGAGUCAUUCCUCAUUUCUUUACAUUUCUCUUCCAUGCAGCCAAACAUCUGUGUUCAAUACACUGAUAUUAAUUUCUUUUAUCUGCUUUUAUGUCUUAUUGAAAUGUUAAACCAGCUGAUUUUUAAAAAUCUGCAUAUCAGAAUGUCACAUCCUCAAGAAAUAAACAAAAAACUGUCGAAGCUUUAAGCAGGGCACCGACUGUUGAAAUCUGAUUGAUAAAGUUUGCGUUAACAUUUUUAAAAACAAAAUAGAAAUCUAAAAUAUUAAAAACAUACAUAAUGCAGCAGAAUUAAAAUAGAAAAUAACUCAGAAAUAUGACAAAUUAGAGCAUUUGAACAAAGUUUGGCUCAUUUUAAAGUUAAAUUUAAAGAAAUGUGAACAAUUCAAGACUUGCACGACACUGUCUCUUUAAAUCUGUAAGGAAUAAGUAAAGUUAAUCAACAGGAACUUUAUUUUCUCCACAGGAAGUCGCCGUUCUGCAGCCAACGGUUCAUAAAUCACCAAACUCUCUGUUUCCUCCACGCUGUGCUCCUCGCCCAGCCCGACGUUUCUCUGUAAAUGUUCUGCAUGUAUUUAUGGGAUCCUUUAAUUUAAAACUUGAUGUAAAAUUCUGUGUAAAAUAAUAUAUAUAUAUAUGUUGAAUUUUUAAGGAAAAAUCCACGUUUAUAUUUAUGUUCCUCUGGUUUUUGCUGCAGUAUACAUUGGUUAUUUGUAUAAAAUCUGUAAAUAAAACAAACAUUUAAAAA